AUGGUUAUUACUGGGACGAAUUCCGAAAUUUGCUUUGAACUAGAACGUCUUUUCCUUCAUUUGGCUUUAAUCAACGAUGAUUCGAAAUUGGAAGCAUUCACUCGGAAACACUUACUUGAUAUUAUACAAUGCACUUCUGCAGGCGAAGUUGAAGUCCGAAAUAAAGGAAUGGAAAUUUUGACACAUUUAAAUCGUCGAAUCAAGAGCAAUCUAAUGAUAACAUUACCGCUGAAAGAUAUCAUACAUUAUUUAUUGUCUCCACAAGGAAAUAUUUUAGGAACGAAUUUUGCAAUCGUUUAUCUUAAAAUAGCAUUGGAUCGUGUGGAUAUUAAAGAACACAUUACUCUUCUUCCAAACCUUCUAAAUGGUUUACUGAAAUACGUAAAUGAGAGAAAGAUAUUCGACCAGCUUAUUGUUUUAACUAGACGUGCUUGGAUAUCUAUUGCUGAUGUAAAUCAGCAAGCGUGGCCGUCACUAGAGCCUUUGCAAAAUAAAAUACUGAGGUCGGAAAUAUUGAAAUUUUUUUCGGACGUGUUAUAUUUUCCAAAUUCAGGUAGCGAAAAGAGAAAUAUGACGAUAUUGUCGGGUAACUUUUGUGAUCAUCCAUGCAUGUCAAAAAGUAGAUUUCUCCGAAUUGCUAAAGAUGUUUUAAGUGAUGGCAAAGUUAGCAUUACUGCGUUAAAGCUAGCUGUAAUAAAUAUAUUGUCAUCAAAAAUUUUUACUGAAGCCGAGAUCUUACCAUUGUUGAUUGGAGCCAUUGCACUUGGUCCUAAUGAAGUUGAAGUAGCCGGUGAUGUUGCUAUCAAAAGGAUUGAUUUGGAAAAAAUUCUGAGAAAUAAAGAUACAGUGAACAGCUUAUUCAAUUUAUAUCUCGGUUCAUCUCUUCAGAAAUUGGAUGAAAGCGAUAGAGUUUUGCCGGCUACGAUUCCUAUUAAGCUGAAGUUAAUGCCUCUACUAAUGAGAUCGCCUGUUGCGGUUCAAACUUUUCCUUGCAAUAUUAAGGUAGCAUUUGAUGGUUUGUUCAGCAAGGAAGAUUUUGUUGAAAAUAAACCUCUCAGACUGCAACAGGCAAGCAUCGAGUUUUUAUUGCUUAUUGUGAAAAAUUUUCCUGCAAACGCUUUACCGACAUUUGGUCCAGUAAUAUUUUCUUCGAUAAGGAAACUGAUUGACCAGCAUGAGUCUUCGAGUGUUGUUGCCGUAGCAUAUCAAUGUUUUGGUAUUAUUGGUUGCAAAGUUCCGCAGCUAGUCGUAAAUGAUAUGGCUCUGUUGCAGGAAACGUUUGAUGCCAUACCAUCGGCGCCAGAAGAAGUAUCUUUUGCAAUAGCAGAUUGUUUAGUGAGCUGGUUACCCGCUUUCUGCGCAAUAAAUGAUGUUGCUUUAAGCGGUGUUCUAGAAGCCCUCAUUUCUUCAUACAUUGUUCACGAAUCACCUAAAUGUCGUCUUGCUGCUCUAAAGUUUGUUGAAACAUUGGUGAAAACACCGUCAUUGGAAUUUCGCUGGAUGCUUUGUCGAACUUGUGGAGAUCCGAGAGAUGAAAUGAAGCGCGAAGCUCUGCGUCUACUGGAUUUAUCAGUUACAAAUCCCACGACGAUACCUAGAUUUGAAGAUUUAGUUGAAUUUAUUCACCGAAAAUUGAAUUUACAAGAUGCUACUGGAGCUAUGGACUUUUCAACUGCUGAAGCAAAGAAGAAGAAAGAAGCCUUUGCUGACGAAGUGUUUCACACUUCAGCAGUUUAUUUGUAUGCCAGUUUGCAAGUUGCUUGUUCGCUACAGCCGAUCUCGCUAAUAGAAGUGGAUAUUUUUUCAAAAACAUCAGAUUAUCCUGUAAUCUAUAACUAUCUAUAUUCGAUCAGUGAAGAGCAUCCCGAAAUUUUACAUCUGUUCUUAGAAAUAGUUUUGAAAACAAUUGAAGCACGGCCAGCUAACUUUCUGAUCGAUGUGGCUUGUUUGUUCUUGCACAGUAGAAGAGGAGAUUUAGGUCAUAAUCACUAUACGACGAUUGUUUCAUCGUUGGAACGUUAUCUGAAUUCGAGUUCCCGGAUAACUGUUUGUGCAAAACUUUCUCAACUUUACAGUCUGAUUCUGAGUGAUGUAGAAAAAAAGAAAUGUUUAGAACGGAGUUUGAAACAACUGGACAGUCAUGAUGAGUUACCGGUUAUCUUAUGGCUUUGUUCAUAUUUAGCAACUCAACCAUUGGUAGACAUCACUGCUGGAGAAAUCAAUAGAAUUAAAGUUCAUUUAGUGAAUGUGAUCGAAACAUUGUCUGCACAGCAGCAUUUUGAAGCAGCUUGUGGUUCACUGGCGGAAUUGUUGAGAAGAGUCGUCUUUAGUCUCAAUGAAGUAGAAAAGACGAAGUUAGUGUUAUCAGUUUCGGAUAAUCAGUUUUAUUCGCUCUGUGAAUUGUUAGGGAAGAUAGCAGCAUCUCGAAAGGAUACUUUAACAUCAAAAAUGAAAGAGUCAGCUGCGCAGUGUCUUGGUUUUCUUUCAUUGCAUAACUUGCCAACUGUUUUAUAUGAAAAAAUCUUGGUUCAGUUAUUUGCAUGUGGUGAAAUAACUACCCAACCAGAACUGCAGUUUACAGUUGGCAAUGCGCUUUUCGACGCUGCUUGCGGUGAAAGUUCUCCAUCACGCAGAAAUAUUUUCACUGAGACAGAGGAACAUUUUCUGGAAAGGAACUUAUCAGCCGCUGAACGAGACAUUAUCGAAAAGAAAGUAGCGAAUUUACUGCAAAUUCUAUAUACCAAAUUACAUCAUAUAAAUCGCCAUUUACGGCAAGCUGCACUCAUUUGGUUGUUUACUUUGGUGAAACGAUGCGUUGUCAUGAAGCUUAGUUGCAUAAUGAGCGGUUUAAGCUCAAUUCAACAUGCUUUUAUUAAUGGUUUAACCGAAACAAACGAAUUCUCGCAGGAAGUUGCAAGCGAGGGCCUUGGUGUUAUCUUUGAAUUAGGCUCUGAACAGCAGAAGAAAAUAAUGGUUGAAGAAUUGAUUAAUACAUUGUCAGUUGGCCGAAAACGAGUCUCUCCAGUCGUACCGGAUACUGUUUUGUUCGCGAAGGGUGAAUUGGGCACUGCACCGAUGGGGGAGAAUUUAACAACCUAUAAAGAACUCUGCAAUUUGGCCACGGAUCUGAAUCAGCCGGAUCUCGUAUACAAAUUUAUGCAGCUUGCAAAUCACAAUGUUUUGUGGAAUUCCAAAAAAGGUGCAGCUUUCGGUUUCAGUAUUAUAAUGCAACAGGCAGAAAGUGUAAUGGAACCAUAUUUGGCGCAGUUGGUGCCUAAACUUUACAGAUACCGAUAUGAUCCCGAUUUGAAAGUUCAAGGCGCGAUGCGUUCAAUUUGGCAAGCAAUCACUGUUUCCAAGAAAAGUGUGGUUGAAGAAUAUGCAAAUGCUAUUUUCAAUGAACUUAAAUUAACUCUUACGGAUCCUCAGUGGCGAACGCGCGAGUCGAGUUGUCUGGCAUUAGCAGAUCUGCUCAGUGCGCAUUGUACUAACGAAAUAGUGGAACAUUUUGAUCAGCUUUUCGAAAUAUUGUAUCGACUCCAAGAUGAUAUAAAGGAAUCAGUUCGAAUAGCAGCAGGACGCACUCUGUCAAGUCUCGUUAAAGCUACUGUAUGCAAAUGUUCUUCAGCUAAUGGUUUCAAAGCUACUCGAUUGCUUGGAAUGGUACUUCCUGUUAUCGUUGAAAAAGGAGUUAAAUCUAGCGUCAAAACCAAUAAAAUGUUGAGCCUGAAAAUGAUCAUGGACAUUGCAAAGGAAGCUUGCUCGGCACUGCAAGAACAUGUGAAUGUAAUAGUGCCGUGUUUACUAGACUCAUUGAGUGAAGAGGAGUCAACAGUUCUGAAUUAUCUUGCUGCUAGAUCAAGUUUGGAUGAACUAGAAGUGCUGGACUCAGCCCGUGUGUCAGUAGCACACAGUUCUCCAAUGAUGAGUACCCUUCGUUACGUUGUGCCAUAUGUAAAUAAGGAUGUUUUUAAUUCUUUGGGCGAUAAAUUGGUCGAACAAUUACGCUCUAGUGUUGGCGUGGCGACACGUACUGGAACUUGUCAGUUUAUCAUUGAUUUGUGCCUUCAGCGUCAGGACCUAAUGAUGGCUUGUCGAUCUUCAUGUGAUAAAAUGGUACGGGUUCUUCUUAAUGGCCUAGAUGAUCGUAACCCGGUAAUCAAAAAACAGUUUUCGUCAUGCUUGUCAUAUUUAUUGCCUUUUUCCUCGGGAAAGGAAGUAAAUCGGAUUAUGGAUUACAUAAAACGGAAAUUGCAAAAUGAACAAGAUGGAGAAAAAGUAGCUGUAUUGCAUCUUUUACGAUUUUUAUCAAGAAAUACGGAAGUUCUUUCUGGUUCACUUUCUGAUAUUGUUCCAUUUAUAUUUCUUUAUAAAUGUCAGGAAGUUGCCAAAGAUGAUGAGGCGGGAAAAAAGAGACUCGAAAUGUGGGAUGAAUUAUGGUCCGAGUUGGUUCCGGAUACCUCGUCUGCUAUGUGUUUAUAUCGUAAGGAAAUGAUCGAGAUGGCUUUAGUUGCACUAAAAACAAGUUCUGUUUUUGCAAUGAAAGCACAAGCAGCGAAGGUACUUGCAGCAGUUGCCGAAUCUGGUGUUCUCAAGGAUGAUGUUAGCAGUGCUGAAAUGCUCUAUGAUAAUUUAACAAACGCAUUACACGGCCGAAUAUGGGAUGGUAAAGAAAAGUUAAUUGAAGCAAUCAGUGCUUUGUUACAUUCAUCAGGGAAAAUUUUGGCUUCAAAGUGGGACGAAGCUACUGUUAAAAUGAAAUUUUUACCUUUAUGGGAACAAUGUUCGAAGAAAAAUGAAAAAUAUAGUGGAGAAGCGCUUCUUUGCGCUGCAGUGUUUUGCGAAAUGACUGGUUGUAAUAAUAUUGCGGGACAAGUAAUGGCAUAUGUCUGCAAUGUCAUGAACUUCAACCAUUCAGAAUCGAAUGCCGAUAAUAUUAUCAGCGAUGUAAGCAGUACAGAUCAUUUAAAAACUUACGAUUAUCUGACGAAGAUUGUGCCGACAAUUGCUCAUUUGUUGCUGUCUUUUCAUGGAGUCGAACUGUCUCAUCAUGUUGAGCAGACAGUCGCUUUGUUAAAAUCAGAUAUAUUUUGGAAAGUGAAGCGAGCACUUAUUAUCGAGUUACCAUAUUUCAUAGAGAGAUGCUCAUCACAUAUUGAUUUCACUACUCUAUUCAUGGUUGUUGGUUCUCUUCUAAUUGAAAAUGAUAUCGCGCAACGGCGUACAUUUGCUCGACAGUGUUGCAUCGUUCUGGAAUAUAUCGUUAAGCAAGCACAGAACAGGAAAUGCAUUUUGUUGUUGUGUCAGCACAAGGAUUUCGUUGAAACACUAAAGAAAACAACAGUCGUGGACUCAUCCUCAUUACUUGAUGAUUUACCAAAGUGCGAACAAUAA